UUACCUGCUGCUGCUAGUCCUGCUACUACCUGCCUUACUAAGGCUACGUUUAUUGUUUAAUUCACCUUAUUUUAGUAGUGUCUUUUAGAGUAAAUACUCCGUGCUAGUGAAAUUGGGGAGAGCAGAGGGGUAAAACAGUCAUUGUAUCGCGGCAUUUAGUACUCUUAACACGUACAGCAACACCCUAUAAAAUGAAUACAUGUAUAACACAGUGUAACACUAACAGUCUUAACACCCUAUAAAAUGAAUGUAAUGAACUAAUGAUCCCAUCAAGUGAUCAGCCAUUAAAGCCCGCGAAAUUAGCAAUUGAAAGUUGACAAUUGUCUCAGGUAGCUUCUUUACUUACCCAACAAAGGUAUAUAAACUGCGCUCUUUCUUCAACUUUCUCAACCCGUCUUUGUUUUUACCAUAUACUAUGAAAAAUGUUUGUUUUCUGCCAUUUUCGUACAAUCGCAGUUCACUGCUUAAUUCAGCUGGUUUUCUCCAUCUUCGCCAUAUUCUGCACCAAUAUAGCCUCUACUCAACUAACCAUGUCUCUAAUUGCAACGCCAAGAUCUCUGCUCUUUCACGAGCAGGCAACAUUGAGGCUGCCCGCCAACUGUUUGAUAAAAUGCCUAAGAGAGAUGUUGUCACUUGGAAUUCUCUCCUUACUGGGUAUUGGAAAAAUGGAUUUUUCCAUGAAUCCAAAACACUUUUUGAGUCAAUGCCAGAAAAAAAUGUGGUAUCUUGGAAUUCUAUGAUAGCAGGUUGUAUUGAGAAUGAUUUGAUUGAUGAGGGGUUUGAGUAUUUUCAUAUGAUGCCCAAGAGAAAUGUGGCUUCAUGGAAUGCAAUGUUAUCAGGUUUUGUUAAGUAUGGUAGAGUUGAGGAGGCGGUUCGGCUUUUUAGGGAGAUGCCACAGAAGAAUGUUGUCUCUUGCACUGCUAUGAUUGAUGUGUAUCUUCAAGAAGGAAUGAUGAAUGAAGCAAGGGCUUUGUUUGAUCAGGUUCCUCAGAAGAAUGGUGUAACUUGGACUGUGAUGAUUAGUGGGUAUGUAGAAAAUGCAAUGUUUACAGAAGCGAGAGAGUUGUUUGAUCAGAUGCCAAAUAAGACUGUUGUUGCAACUACUGCGAUGAUAACUGGUUACUGUAAAGAGGGGAAUGUGGAGGAUGCCAGGAAUUUGUUUGAUCAGCUUAGGCAGAAGGAUAAUGUUGCUUGGAAUGCUCUGAUCACAGGUUAUACUCAAAAUGAAUUUGGAGAGGAUGCUCUGAAAUUAUUUUCAGAGAUGCUGAGACUGGAUUUUCAACCAGACAAGGGAACAUUUGUUUCUGUUCUGACUGCUUGCUCCUCUCUGACAUCCUUACAAGAAGGCAGGCGAGUUCACUCGCUUGUUGUAAAGUAUGGAUAUGGGUCAAACCUAUCUGUUUGCAAUGCCUUAUUGUCAAUGUACAGUAAGUGUGGCGGUGUUGUGGAUUCAGAGUUGGCUUUUACAGAAAUUCACAGCCUGGAUGUUGUUUCAUGGAACACCAUUCUUGCUGGUUUUGCGCAACAUGGUCUCUAUGAUAAAGCUUGUAGACUCUUCAAUGAGAUGUGUGCAAAGGGUUUUACUCCUAAUGGAAUAACUUUUCUUAGUAUGUUGUCUGCUUGUGGUCACACUGGUAAGGUGAAGGAUAGUAUGUCGUGGUUUGAUUCAAUGGUUAAGGACUGUAAAAUGUCUCCCAGCUCUGAGCAUUAUGCUUGUUUGGUUGAUAUAUUAUGUAGAGGGGGCAAAUUAGAAAAGGCCUACAAAAUUAUUCAAGAAAUGCCAUUUGAAGGCAAUUCUGGUGUUUGGGGAGCUCUUCUUGCAGCCUGUCAUGUUUACUCGAAUGUAGAACUCGGGGAGUUAGCUGCAACGAAAAUACUGGAAUUGGAUCCUAACAAUUCUGGGGCUUAUGUGAUGUUAUCAAAUAUCUAUGCUAGACGUGGUAUGUGGAAGGAGGUUACUAAGGUAAGGCGUUCCAUGAAAGAGCAGGGUAUUAAGAAAUCGAGUGCAUAUAGCUGGACAGAAAUUGGUAAUAAAGUGCACAUUUUUGUGGGUGGGGCUGUAAGUCACCCAGAGAUUGAUAAAAUAUGUACAGCUCUAAAGCACAUCAGCUUACAUGUUAAAACUGCUGAAGAUGUUACAGACUUGGUUUCAGAACUGACCUGUUUUGGCUCAUAACUCAAGGUUGUUCAUUGAUGGUUUGA